UGGCAUUUUCAAUUAACAAAUAAUUACAAGUUAUUAGUUCUGAUUCUUCCUUCGUUCGUGAUACCAAUCAACUGUCUUUGGCGUUCGAGUCGAGCGUCGGCAUUUAUCAAGUGCUGAUUGGUUGGACUAAGAAUUCUGACAUGGAGAAGCCUGUGCCCGGGAGCGUGCUACGGUCGCAGUUUAACCCACUGACCGGCGCUAUGGAGUGGACAUUUGCAGCCGACAGCGAAGGGGAGGACCACGAGACUGCACAGGAUGUUGCUAGGUCUCAGUACGGGGACAUGUUGCAUGAUCACGAGAGAAAUGUCCUCUAUGAGCGUGCAAUUGACUACGCGGUGACGGAUGUCUGCCGCCAGUUCCUUUCCUCGCCCGGCACUGGUGAUGCGGGUGACGAGCAAUCGCAGCAGCACGUACAUGUGCUGGAUAUUGGCGCUGGCACCGGUCUGCUCUCAAUGAUGGCAGCGCGCCGUGCCAAACAGGAGCAUGCCGACGUGCUCGUGCAGGGUACAGCUGUCGAGGCGUAUGCUCCGAUGGCCCGGAUUGCGGAGAAGUGCAUCAAGACAAACGGCUUUGAGAAACAGAUCAGCUUGAUCGAUCGCCGCUCGACAGAUGUGAGCGCUGAUUCAGGUGCGAUGCCCCAACGUGCUCAACUCCUGGUGACGGAGGUCUUCGACUCGGAGCUGAUUGGAGAAGGUGGACUCUACACGAUUUUCCACGCUUUUGAGAAUAUGCUGACGCCCGAUGCGGCUGUUGUUCCUGCAUCGGCGCUCUGCUACGUUCAACUGAUCAGCUCCGAGUGGCUGGCGAGUUGUCAGAGCUUUUCCAGUCUGCAAGCUCAGUGGCAGUCGCACACAAGCAGCAAGCUGGCACUGCCCGACGGCAUGGCGUCUUGCCGAGGGCCACCCUGUGGCUAUGACCUGCACGUGGAACGGCUCUGGGAUACCGAUGACAUCACACUGAUGUCGGAUGCCUCGCUCAUUCAGACGUUUGAGCUAGACUCGAUGAAAGACCUAGAGCAGUACUGUAAGAAUCCACGUCCGGCAACGAGCGUCAUGAAGGUCCUGCCUGCUCGCAAGAAAACCGGCCCAGCGUCCAGUGGCAGUGGUAGCGGUAGUGCUGUGCCCUGCCAUGGUGUCGUCUUCUGGUGGGAUCUGCUGAUGCACCGCGGCACGGACAUUGUCCUGUCCAUGGCACCCAGCUGGCAUAGGCAGGGAACCGAAAAGCCGCAAUGGCGUGAACACUGGAUGCCAGUUGUGUUCCUUCUUCCAGAGCCGAUUCUUGCUGAAGAAGGCGAUCAGCUUGCAGUGGACUUUGCUCAUGACGAAUACUCCAUUUGGUUUGAUAUCCGCAAGAUUGUCAACCCCAGCCCCGAGGCAACAGUGGAAACUGCACUGUCGGUGGAGAGGCCGCUGUGUCGAUGUGGUGCGCACACCACCUGGACCAGGGAGCGCUGCUCCGACAUCAAUGACCCGGCCAAGAUGACUGCUUGGUCGCAUGUAUUGCGUGAGAUUCCAACCACUGCUAGCGUCUGCUUGUACCUAGGCAGUCCGUCUUUCCUGCCCUUGCUCUGCGCCACCCUGAAUCCUAAUAUGACGGUGUAUGCCGUCAACGUCUCGUCAUCGAUUUCUAACUCUCGCCUUAUGUCAGGGCUCAUUGAGUCUAACCAGCUAACAGAGCGUGUUCACUGGAUCAACUCACCAGCAGCGGAACUCAAGCCUAGCCAUAUUGGCAACAAGACGGUUGAUGUGCUGAUAUCCGAGCCGUUCUUCUCCACGUCCAUCUUGCCGUGGCACGACCUGGCUUUCCUGUUCCUGAAGAACUCUCUCUCCACCCUGCUGUCACCGGAGUGCAUUGUUCUCCCACAGCGCGGUUCUAUCAUGGCUGCUCCCGUGCACUUCACCGACUUCUGGAAGAUGCGAGCACCAGUGGGCACCGUAUGCAAGUUUGACUUGAGCGAGUUUGAUGUCUACACGGAGACAACACCAACUAUUGGUAAGGAUGGCCGGGUUUGCUACCAGGACGUGGAGAGCUUUGGUGUGUGGGAGUUCGAGUCCUACCUUUUGGCACCGCCGCAGUCGGUGCUGACGUUUGACUUCUGCUCUCCUGUCACUCAGCAAAAGUCCAGUGGUGAUGUCCUGUUCAAGACUGAAAGUGGCAAGCCAUGCAAUGCUGUCGUUUUCUGGAUGGAUUUCGACCUGUCUGACAACAACUCCAUUUCGACUGGCCUUCAGCCUGUGCCUGCUCCUAGUGACGAUGUGGAGCCAGUGUGGGUGCGCGGUCAACGGCAAGGCGUUGUCUUCCUCAGCAACGCAAAACGUCUCGACGAAUCACCGCCCGCCGCCAACGGCUGUAGCGACGCUCGGCCUGUGUUCAGCGAAACGUUCUCUGUGUCCGCUGAGCUUCAGGCACCCAGUGGUCAGUUCACCGUGACAGUGACCUGAGUAAAAUAUUGUACACAAAUGUGCGACACGCAUAUUGGCCUCAGGAUCCUAGUAAUCUCCCAUUUCUUCCUGCUCUUGUAUAAUUUCCGAUGAUCAUUCGCGUGCUGAGGAAAACCUGCCUGUCCGCUAAUGCAGAGCUUUUUUCUGCUAUGGCAGGAAGGUUCGUUCUGAGUGACAGCACAAGCCACACUCUAGCCAUCUGGAGAAAGUUUGAUAUUUAUUUUGUCUUGAGGUAGCAUGAUUUCUUGCCCAUGGCUUCCUGAUGCGCUGUGCUAGCAUGCUCAAUCAACUCAAUCCUAGCCGUGGUAUUCCAGUAGCUCAAAGACAUCA